AGGAAGAGCUGAACUGCUGCACGGAGGUGAAAGUUACUGCUGACAGAACUGAACAGUGGAGAAGGGAUGAUAUGCAUGCAAGCUUGGACACACUGAGUUUAAGUGGAGGAGUGGAUCCACGUUUUGCUGGUGCUACUGGGCUAUUUUAUUAUUAUUAUAGUGCAGUGUUAUAUUAAUCUUUUCCCUUUAGGCUUCUUUGUGAACAAAAGGGUGGUGCCAUGUUGCCUGGCUCUUCCUAUUGGCCACUAUGUGCUUUCCUUAGCCUGUUUCAAAGCUCCUCCCUCUUCUCCUCCGCAAGAGUAGGAUGUUCCCAGCUGCUUUAUAAGUAAUGGGUAAAAUGUGGUCAAUUUCUGGCUGUGCUCCAUGAUCAGGGGGUGGAGGGGUUUGUGGGAGCUUCCAAGGUUACCUCAAGGCUCUGGGAUGUGAGUGACCUGCGGCUGAUCCACAGACACGCGAUACUGUCACCCAAGGGCGGACACAAGGCUGGAAGUUCUCCUAUUUCAUAGCAGCGACUUCUGCCUGCACUCAUGGGACUCUCCAGCUGAGUGGCUAAUAUUGCACACACAGGUACAUUUAGCAGCUGUGUUCUGGUUGAAUCAGGGAAGGAGGAAGCUUAAGCCUAUGGAAUGAACAAUGAGAGGAAAACUUGGAAUUUAAUUGAAGUCUGAAGAAGGAAUUGUUCUGCACUGUAGAACAUAUUUCACAUUCUCUGUGACUCCUGCUCAAGACCCCAGUCUUUGAGUUUAUAUCUUUAUGUAACGUUUGUGUGUUCUAUAAAACCCGGUGUUCAUUGGUAUUUCUGCAUGGCUUGCAUUUAAGCCUGGCUACAUUCUGUCAGCAUGAGGUGGAUCUGUAGACUCAAUGAAACAGAGAAGUUCUGGGAUAUUAACCAGACUUGGCACACGGAUAAUCCUGACUUCUCACAGUGCUUUCACAACUCUGUCUUGAACUGGAUCCCUAGUAUCUUUCUCUUUAUCUGCUCACCAUUUUAUGUUCUCUACUUACGGCGUCAUGGGCGCGGGUAUAUCCGGAUGUCAGCCCUCAGCAAAGCGAAAACUUGUCUUGGAGCUUUGCUGGUGUUGGUCUGCUACACGGAACUGUUCUACACUGUCUGGAACAUGACUCACAAUGUUCGCCAAGCUCCAGUUUUCCUCAUAAGCCCUCUGAUUCUUGGAUCGUCAAUGCUUCUUGCAACAUGCAUCAUCCAGUAUGAACGAAUGCAAGGUGUACGGUCUUCAGCCCUCCUUCUGUUUUUUUGGCUAUUGGCGUUGCUUUGUGCAACUUUCCAGCUACGUACGAAAAUUACCACAGCCAUUUCAGAGGCUCCACAGAUUGACAAACUGCGAUACACCCUUUUUGUCCUAUAUUUUGUAUUUGUGUUGGCCCAGUCAGUACUCUGCACAUUUAAUGAUGACCCUCCAUUCUUCUCCAACCUAAAGAAGGAAUCGAAUCCAUGCCCAGUGUCUGAGUCUUCCUUUCUUUCCAAAGUUACAUUCAGCUGGUUUACAGAAAUAAUGUUUAGAGGCUACAAACAGCCCCUAAAGGCUGAAGAUGUAUGGUCCUUGAGGAAAUCCGACACAGCUGAAGAAAUUCUAACCUUAUUUUCAAAAGGAGUAGAGAAAGAAUGUAAAAAGGCAAAUCUGUUAAAGGAGCCAACAAGAUUCUCUCCAUCAACCCUGGAUAAUGAUAUGUGGAUAUCCCAGACAGAGAAGAGUGAAAUAGAACUUCUUUUGAAAAAUCAGCACAUUCAGCUAAGCCAAAAAACCUUGCUGAAAGUCAUCAUGCGAUCCUUUGGCCUAUAUUUCCUCUUGUCAGCUUUGCUGAUGACAUUCUACACAGCUUUUCUGUUCAUAAGCCCUCUGCUAGUAAGGUUACUGUUGCAGUUGCUAAAGGAUCCUUCUGCCCCAUCAUGGCAAGGCUUUCUGGUUGCUGUUUUCCUGUUCAUCUGUCCAUGCUGUCAGUCCCUUUUUCUUCACCAGCACGAUUACAUUUGCUAUGUAAUUGGGAUGCGGCUCAGGGCAGCCAUUGUGGGCACUGUCUACAAAAAGGCUUUGAUGAUCUCCAGUGCUGGACGGAAGGAGUCUUCUGCUGGGGAGAUUGUGAACCUAAUCUCUACAGAUGUACAGAAAUUGAUGGAUUUGGCAACAUGUGUAAAUUAUAUGUGGUCGGCACCAGUUACAAUCAUUGUGGCUAUGUACUUCUUGUGGCAGACUCUGGGCAUAGCAGUUCUUGCAGGAGUGGCUGUGUUCAUAUUGAACCUGCCUUUUAUGACUGUGUUUGCCGUGAUAAUUAAAAGAGUUCAGGAACAGCAAAUGAAGCAGAAAGAUGGUCGGAUAAAGAUUAUUUCAGAGAUCCUCCAAGGCAUAAAAGUCCUGAAGCUCUAUGCAUGGGAAAACGCUUUCAUGAAGAAAGUCACAGAAUUCAGACUAAUGGAGUUGAAAGCUGUGAAAACAGGUGCUUUGCUGUUGUCUGGAGCACUGGCUGUAUUCGUAGCCUCACCAUUUUGGGUGUCCUUGACCAUGUUUGGAGUGUUCCUGGCAUUAGACGAGAAGAAUAUUCUGGAUGCGGAAAAAGCAUUUGUUACUAUUAUUUUACUUAACAUUCUCCGUAUCCCCCUACGCAUGUUCCCAAUGGCAAUCACCCUAUUUGCACAGUCCUCUGUUUCACUGAAACGUAUGGUGAAGUUUUUCUCUGCAGAGGAACUGGAGCCAGAAAGUGUUGACAUUAAUGAUUCCCUAAGUAAACAUGCCAUAACCAUCCGACACGGCACAUUCACUUGGUCUUCUUCAGAACCACCUUGUCUUCAAAGCAUCAAUAUAGGCAUCCCUCAAGGCACCCUUGUGGCAGUUGUUGGCCAGGUUGGAUGCGGGAAGACUUCCCUGCUUUCCGCAUUGCUGGGAGAGAUGGAGAAGGUAGAAGGGCAGGUUUCCCUAAUGAGUUCUGUAGCCUAUGUCCCACAACAAACCUGGAUUCCUAAUGCAACAUUCAAGGAAAAUGUCCUGUUUGGAAGAAAAAUGGAAAAAUGUUGGUAUGAUCAAGUGGUUCAAGCUUGUGCAUUGCUGCCAGAUCUAAAAAUUUUAUCCGGGGGCGAAAACACAGAAAUUGGAGAAAAAGGAGUGAACCUGUCAGGGGGACAGAAGCAGAGGAUAAGCAUUGCCCGAGCCGUCUACAGGAACUGUGAUGUCUACUUGCUGGAUGACCCACUCUCUGCAGUGGAUGCCCAUGUUGGACAACAUCUUUUUGAACAAGUCAUUGGACCCAGUGGUUUGCUCAAGGACAAAACACGGGUCCUUGUUACCCAUGGAGUCAGCUUCCUGCCACAAAUGGACAUGAUUAUCGUUAUGUCUGACGGGAGAGUGUCCGAAGUGGGAACUUAUAAUGAGUUGCUGCAGAAAAAUGGAGCUUUCUCCGAAUUCCUUAACACAUAUGCACGGAAAUCAGUGGUCUUUGAAGAGUCAUACGAAGAGCAAACCCCCAACAGCAUACAAGGAGCCAUGAAAAUGAAGGGCAAACAUUCAGCACGGAAUGAUACUGAUAAUGAGACUGACGAUGUUGCUAAUGAGAUAGAGGCAGAUGCUGGUAAACUGACGGAAGCAGAUGUUGCACUCACUGGCAGGGUCAAACUUUCUGUAUAUUUAGAGUACUGCAAAAUAAUGGGAAAAUGGUAUCUGCUCAUCAGUGCUUUAUUCUUCAUUGUCCAACAAGCAGCCUCUUUAAGCUAUAACUACUGGAUUGGGUUGUGGGCAGAUGACCCACCAGUGAAUGGAACGCAGCAACACACAAGCCUGCGACUAGGAGUCUACAGCUUUCUGGGUGUGAUGCAAGCGCUGAGCAUCUUUGCCGCCUCUUCCACUAUUAUAGUAGGUGGAGUGUCUGUUUCUCGGCAGCUCCACUCCCGGCUUCUUUACAGCAUCCUAAGGUGCCCACUCAGUUUUUUUGAACGUACUCCAAGUGGAAAUCUCACAAACAGAUUUGCCAAAGAAAUGGACAUCAUAGAUAACACCGUUCCCCAAGUAUUAAUGUUGUUUAUCAUUAUGAUGCUAACUAUAGCGGAGAUUUUGCUGGUAAUUUCAAUAGCAACACCCCUUGCUGCAGUUGCUUUCAUUCCUUUGGGAUUACUGUACUUUUUCCUACAGAGAUUUUAUGUAGCUUCAUCUCGCCAGCUAAAACGCCUGGACGCUGUCAGUAAAUCCCCUCUGUAUACCCAUUUCAAUGAAAGUCUCCAAGGAGUGUAUGUUAUCAGAGCCUUCCGAGAACAAGAACGCUUCAUUCAAGAUAACAAUAUGCGCCUAAACAUGAACCAGCGGUUUUACUUCUGCAGUUUUGUUGCCAACAGGUGGCUAAGUGUUCGAUGUGAUUUCCUCAGUAACUUCAUCGUAUUUACAGUAGCUAUUGUUGGUGUCCUGUUCAGAGACAAUAUUACGCCUGGACUUGUGGGUCUUGCUGUGGUUAACUCAUUACGGUUAACAGGUGUUUUAAAGGAAGCAGUUCAUGUGGCGACUGAUAUGGAGACUAACUCUGUGUCUGUGGAGAGAGUGAAGGAAUAUUGUGAUGCAGAGCCUGAGGCACCUUGGACUUCAGAUAAUGCUUCUGAUCUUUCUAAUUGGCCGAGUAAGGGUAAAAUUGAGUUCCAAAAUUAUGGCCUGAGGUACAGACCAGACUUAGAUUUGGCUUUGAAGAAUGUUACUGCAUCCAUUCAACAAGGAGAAAAGGUUGGUAUAGUUGGAAGAACUGGAGCUGGAAAGUCAUCACUAACCCUGGGUCUAUUCAGAAUUCUUGAACCUGCAACAGGAAGGAUCUGCAUUGAUGAAAAGGACAUUUCAGAACUAGGUCUCCACGAACUUAGAUCAAAAAUUACUAUUAUUCCACAGGACCCUGUUUUGUUUUCUGGAACAUUAAGAAUGAACCUGGAUCCUUUUGAUAACUAUUCAGACAAUGAUAUUUGGGUGGCUUUGCAGUUGGCACACUUAAAAGUAUUUGCUUCGGGUUUACCAGAAGGACUCAGUUACAUUUGCACAGAAGGAGGAGAGAACUUAAGUGUUGGCCAACGGCAGCUUGUGUGUUUGGCUCGGGCUCUACUUCGAAAGACAAAAAUCCUGGUUCUAGAUGAAGCGACAGCAGCCGUGGAUCUGGAAACUGAUGAUCUCAUCCAGAACACCAUUAGGAAGGAGUUUGAAGACUGCACCAUUAUAACAAUUGCUCAUCGGCUCAACACCAUUAUGGAUUACACAAGAGUCGUGGUUUUUGACAAGGGUGAAAUUGUGGAGUUUGACACACCUGCAACACUACUGGAAAAUAAAGGACUAUUUUAUUCAAUGGCCAGAGAUGCUAAUAUAAUUUAACAUAAGUGAUGUCUGCAGGUUCAUGUCCGAAAAAGAACACCAAAAGGGAGACCCAUAUUAUUUGACUGAACGGUUUUUGGCAACAGGAAUUGCCACGCUAUCAGCAAAGGCACCACUACUUAGCAAAGAUGCUUUAGUAUUUAUUAAGGUUUUUUUUAAAGAUACAGUGCUGUCUGUAAUCAGCAUCUUGUAUGUUUUUUUUAUAUAAAUCACUCUUUUUAUUUUUGUAUUCCAAAUCAUGCUGAUUGGGGGAGUGGAAAUCAUUGUCUUUAGUAUUAACAUCAAACUUUGAGGAGCAGGUGGAGGUAGAAUUUGUUUUGCUUUUCUACCUGGUGCUAUACGGAGGUGUUUCAAACCUUUCAUAAAGAUUUCACUCAAAUAAUCUGGCCUUAGUAAAUGUCACAUAUACAGGACUUCAUCAUACCAGGCGCAGAGACAAUUGCACUGACGAUGCAAAUGAUCAUUGUAUCAGCCAGUAGGUUAGACUGAGAACAAAAAAGAAAAUGGUUCUAACGGCAUUUACUAUUUUUUAGAAAAAGCUAAACAAACAAAGCUACCUUCAUUUUAUAUUUCAGUUCUUCAAAAUACCUUAUGUUUGUGUAGUGUAACCUUAAGGUAUGGGGCUGAUUUAUUAAUGAAUAGUACAUUUUCCUGAGAGUCAGGAAAGUUUUGAUAAAUUGUAAAAAUAUAUUGAAUAGUUGGGAAUCCUUCUAGAUUCCACUGCUAGAUCUUUAAUUAAUCUGCUCCAAAAUCUUUAUAGCACUUAAUAUAUCUGAGAUAAUGUAACAAAAAUAGUUAGGGAGGGUCUAACGAACUGUGGCAGUGAAUUCAAAUGACAAAUGGGAGCUCAAGAGUUGCUGAAAAAGAAAAAGAAUGCAUCAUCUCUGGGAUAAAUGUUACAUAGCUCUCUGCUACCAUAUUACAUACCUUUCCAGGCAUCCAUAGCAAGUAUUAGACUUGUGCAUCUGCAGUUGAGUAGAAUCUGGAAAUGUUAUACUUUGCAUGAGCCCAUGUGUUCAGCUAGUUAAUUAUUGAUUUAUCUUAAUUGAUUGUAUGAGGUUAGAAUUAUUAAUUAGCUAAUUGUAGUUGCCCUGGGUAACGGUAAGGGAAAAAGCACCCCAAUGGUUAUAGUUUUUUUAAAACUGUGGAAGCUGCUAUAUGGGAUUCUGUAAUUCUCUAGUGCUCACCUUGCAUAGGAGAGUUAAUUAGAGAUAAAUGCCAUUCUUUGAAUGAUACUUAUAGCUUAGGCACAACAUACUUAAAUACUUCAUGUAUAACAAGACAUUUUAUUUAUUGGUAUUCUUGGCUGUUUACCAAUAUAAUUGGUGAACUCAGAGAAUUCCAGAAGGCCUUGACUAUGUGGCAAUAGGGAUAGACAAAUUUCAACCCUCCAGAUAUUGUUAUACUGGAACUCGAAGCAUUGCAAUUGGCUGAUGGUCCAUGAUUGCCAUUACUUCUAUUGAAAAUCUUUACUUGGCUAAGGGCUCUGGUACACGGGGAGAUUUAGUCGCCCGCGGCAAAACUCCCUGCUCGCGGGCGACUAAUCUCCCCGUGUACCAGAGCCCUAAGGCUUGCUGGGAGUUAUAGUGAAACGUUUGGCAUACCAAAGGUUAUUAGUCUGCUUUAUCAUUUUGUAUAACAAUGUGAGGGAUUGAAGGUCCAUUAGGAAAAAUUGUGAAACCAGCCAGUGCUUACAACUGUUGUUACUCUCAGGAAUAUUUGUAUGUUGUGUUUCUUGCUCUUAGGCCACCUACCUCAUUAUGUAAUCACAGCUCAAUAGACUGUGUUUCUUAUUAGCAAAGUAUAUGCAAAAAUGGUACACACAACUCCCUGUUUUACCUGGAGAUUCAUCAUGCAUAUUAUUGGCCAGUUUAAACCCAGCUGGCCAAUAAAAAUCCUUAUCUGAUCUUCAACACUCCCAUUAAUCUAUUCCACAAAUGAUGGUAUAUAAGUCCCAAUACAAUCACUGAUGGGCUUAGCAACAUGAAUGAUCUGAAUCUGCCAUUGGUUGCCUUUGUGUACCUGACUUAAGAAAAUACCUCAUGACUGUCAUACAUAAUUUUUAUAUUGUCAUUGUAUGCCUGUCUUAAAGCAACAUGUAUAUUUAAAGUUUUGUAUGUUUAAUGCAUUAGGCUAAAUAUAAUUUAGCGCUUGAAAAACCUACAUGUAAACUCUAUUAAAUACAAAAAUAUACAAAA